UUCUCGGGGAUUGGCUGCCUUGGGCCUGGUGGGCGGCCCGGGUCUGGCCGAAGUUGGGGGCCACUGUCGCCGGAUUCCCCAGGGUUCUGACAUUCGUGGUCCAAGCAGAAGCCACCCUGGUGUCCAGCCGCGCUCUGUCGCAGCGGACCAGGAGUUCUCUGACCCCGAGUCAAGCUCUCCCGCCUCUCCAGUGCGUCCAAGCCUCAUCCAACCCCGGGAGGACUGGGCCUUGGGGCCUCACGUGGGUGUCGGCAGCCUGGGCUGUAGCCCGGGGGCCUCUGGGGCCGGUUCCGGGACCCGGAGGGGCUGCAGGAAGCGGAGGCGGCUCGGGACCGGUCGGAUCGAAGCGGGCGCAGGCAUCCGAAACGGCUGGGGUGGCCGCGAGCCGGCUGCUGAGUAAUCCCGGGCGGCGGGUGGGGGCGGCCGGGCGCCCACGUUCCCCGCGCCGCAGCCGGGCGGCGGCUCCGCCUCCGCCUCCGCGUCCCUCCCCGCCCCCUGCCGGCUGCUGAGCUCGGCGCCCCGCAGGUCGGAGCGGGGCUCGGGGAGCGCGGGCCGCUGCAGCCGCCUCCCGCACCUCGCCUCGGCCCGCGCGGGGCCUCGCGCGCCCAUGGCCGGCUCGGAGCAGCAGCGGCCGCGGCGGAGGGACGACGAUUCGGAGGCGGCGGCGGCGGCGCCCCUGCAGGACGCGGAGCUGGCCCUGGCUGGCAUCAACAUGCUGCUCAACAACGGCUUCAGGGAGUCGGAUCAGCUUUUCAAACAAUACAGAAAUCACAGUCCACUAAUGAGUUUUGGAGCCAGCUUUGUCAGCUUUUUGAAUGCCAUGAUGACAUUCGAGGAAGAAAAAAUGCAGUUGGCGUGUGAUGACUUAAAAACCACGGAAAAGCUGUGUGAAAGUGAAGAGGCUGGAGUCAUCGAAACAAUUAAGAAUAAAAUCAAGAAGAACGUUGAUGCCCGAAAAUCCCCUCCCUCCAUGGUUGAUCGACUUCAGAGGCAAAUCAUUAUCGCUGACUGCCAGGUCUACCUGGCUGUGCUUUCAUUUGUGAAACAGGAGCUGUCUGCCUACAUAAAAGGUGGCUGGAUCCUUAGGAAAGCCUGGAAGAUUUACAACAAGUGCUAUGUGGACAUCAACGCCCUUCAGGAGCUCUAUCAGAAGAAGCUGACAGAAGAGCCCUUGUCUUCUGAUGCUGCAAAUGAUAACCACAUUGUGGCUGAAGGGGUGACUGAGGAGUCCCUAAACAGACUGAAAGGUGCUGUUAGCUUUGGAUAUGGCCUUUUUCACCUUUGCAUAUCCAUGGUGCCCCCAAACCUGCUCAAAAUCAUCAACCUGCUGGGGUUUCCUGGAGACCGCCUGCAGGGCCUUUCUUCACUGACGUAUGCAAGCGAAAGUAAGGACAUGAAGGCCCCUUUAGCUACGUUAGCGCUGCUGUGGUACCACACGGUGGUCCGCCCGUUCUUUGCCUUGGACGGCAGUGACAACAAGGCAGGCCUGGGUGAAGCUAAGGAAAUUCUUCUCAAAAAGGAAUCUGCUUACCCGAACUCUUCCCUCUUCAUGUUCUUCAAGGGACGGAUCCAGCGAUUAGAGUGUCAAAUCAACAGUGCCUUGACGUCCUUCCACACUGCUCUGGAACUGGCCGUCGACCAGAGGGAGAUCCAGCAUGUCUGUCUGUACGAGAUCGGCUGGUGCAGCAUGAUUGAACUCAACUUCAAGGAUGCGUUUGGUUCCUUUGAGAGGCUGAAAAACGAGUCCAGGUGGUCACAGUGCUAUUACGCGUAUCUGACUGCAGUUUGUCAGGGAGCCGCUGGUGACGUGGAUGGGGCGCAGCUCGUCUUUAAGGAAGUCCAGAAGCUGUUCAAAAGGAAGAACAACCAGAUCGAACAGUUUUCAGUGAAAAAGGCCGAGAGAUUUCGGAAGCAGAGCCCAACCAGAGCGCUGUGUGUGCUGGCGUCCAUCGAAGUGCUGUACUUGUGGAAAGCCCUUCCCAACUGUUCCUUCCCCAAUCUGCAGAGGAUGAGUCAAGCUUGCCAUGAAGUGGACGAUCCAUCUGUCAUCGGAUUGAAGCAUUUGCUCCUUGGUGCCAUACACAAAUGUCUAGGAAACUCACAAGAUGCUGCUCAGUUCUUCCAGCGAGCUGCCAAAGACGAACUGUGUCGUCAGAAUAACUUGUAUGUCCAGCCAUAUGCCUGCUACGAACUUGGCUGUCUUCUUCUAGACAGACCGGAGACUGUAGGAAGAGGCAGAACUCUUCUCCUUCAGGCAAAGGAGGAUUUUUCUGGCUACGACUUUGAGAACAGAUUGCACGUCCGCACCCAUGCUGCUCUGGCCUCCCUGAGGGAACUGGUCCCUCAGUGAGAAACUCCGAGUGACCCCUCUGUCCCCUCCACCCCGGGUCAGCAGUGUGAAAGCAGAGGAGAAAGCUCUUUUGAAGACCAGCUUUUCUUCUGGAGGUCACCUGGGGUUUCCUGGUGUCGCUGACAAAUUAAAGAUCCCUCUCCCAAACAUGUAGCUGCGGAAUAAUAAAGACGUCCACAAUGACAAAAGUAACCGACCCGGGAGAUGGUUAAGUGACCUUGUUCAAACAUUUUAGUUUUGUGAUUUAUUAUUUUUAAAAUAAAAUCAAGCGAAAUAUUCA